UUUUUUUGCUUAGACUUGCAAUCACAAACUUCAUAUAUGACUGCUGUAUGAGAUUAACUGCAAUAUUACACUUUGCUGUGUUCUGGCAAUUUUAACAGAGAUUUGUGCCAUUUUUACCCCACACACUCGUGUGUUGAGCUGAGGGGAGAUCAAACAUGAGAGCGGCUGCUUGCGAGUGGCAGCCUGACAGUAUUUCCUUCCUCCAGUCAAUCACUUCAAGGAACCCGCAGACGUUUUUGCACCACUUUGCCAACCCUCGAACGUUCCGACGAGACGCGAUGAAGGACGCACUCGUGCUGCUGGUGAUUUUGCUGGAUGUGCACGCGUUCAAGCAGGUGUUAUCACUGCCCUACCAUGCAGACUCUCAUAAAAACUGCAACAACCCGGACCGAGAAUACUUGUUGGAGUCUUUGGGCCUGUGCUGCAAAAAGUGUCCUCCUGGGUGCCGGCUGAAGCGCGAGUGCAGCGGGACAUCAGAGAGUGUGUGUGAGCCGUGUGAACGUGAGCAGUACAUGGAGAACUGGAACUAUGCACCAAACUGCUUCCCUUGCGCUAAAUGCAAAACUCACAAAGGCCUGCAGUUUGCCAUUGCCUGCUCCCCCACCAUCAUGUCCAAGUGCGCGUGUCGACCUGGCAUGUACUGCAUCAUGGAAUCUGAUGAGCAACACUGUACUACCUGUCAACCCCACACAUCCUGCAGAGCUGGUUAUGGAGUCUCUGUGCUAGGUACGGCUCACUCAAACGUCAAGUGCAAACGGUGCCCUGAAGGGACAUUCUCCAACACGUCCUCCGCAACAGAGCCUUGUCGGCAUCAUACAAGCUGUCACGGAAGGCGUGUGUUAAGAGCAGGCACUACUACGUCAGAUACGGUUUGCGAGCCUGGCCCGCUGCCACUCACGCAGACGAGCGGACAUCGCAAUCAGACUACGACUACGAGUCCACCGAGCGUGGUCUCAGGAGGGACCGUGGACCCUUUCUUUGGACCGGCUACUUUGGAGGUUUCACUGUCAUCCUCACUGACGCAAAAAACAGGAGUUGAUGGUGAACUGGUUGCAGCAGUCUCCGGCAUUGUCGCCACAGUCACGUUUUUCAUCAUCGUCGCCAUCGUCCUGCUGGUCCUUUAUAAAACCACCUGGACCAAAGGCACAGCGAACUGUCGUCCUAAAGACACCGCGAAUGAAAGCCAUGAGAGUGGCAAUGAAGUCGAAACUCUGCGGCUUUCCUUCGCGGCCAACUCGCCAGGGGAACAAAGCAGCUUGCUACAGUGUACGGAGCUCAGUUGUGAUUCUGGCCAUGGCGGCGACGACAACGAUGCCAGCUCUUCACACAGCAGCCAGGAGUCCGUUGGAGCCCUUCAUUCGACCUUAGCCCUUCGCCAACCUCAGCAAUCCCCGUCAGGGUCCAAUGUCCAUUUGUGCCCCGCGAGCGCCGGCCCGCAUGUCAAUGUCAAUAUCACGUUCAAUAUAGGUGACAGAGGCUCACCCUCAACCCCAGGCGACUCUGUGCUCCGCCUUGGACAGGAGGAAGAGUCUUUCAGUAUCCCAAAACAGGAAGCAGAAAAAGAGUUGCCUGAGCAGGAGAGUAUGGAAUAAAAUGUGUGAACGCCUCCUAAAGUGGGAUUUGCACACGCCUAUAGUCGGGCCUAAUAUUUUUUACCUCUUAUGAUCAAGGCCAUAUAGAAGACAAAGACUAUCCUUACUGUGUGUGUGUGUGUGUGUGUGUGUGUGUGUGUGUGUGUGUGUGUGUGUGUGUGUGUAUAUAAAUGGAGUACUCUUUUGGAUGUAGCACUUAAACAGGCACCGGAAUACUCUUUUGGAUGUAGCAAUUAAACAGGUACAUGAAGUCUGCUUUCAUAGUGUUCAAUCUGUGAAUGUGCAGCCCCCAGCUCACCUUGUCUAAUUUUGUUGAGCAUAUCUGGUGACAGUAAACCCAUUGUUUUAAAGAAGACAAGCAAAUCCUCAACCCCAAUUUAUCCCAGUUCCCAGGUGUUUUAUUAACACAGCUGCUUCAUUUUUUCUUGAAAUAUCCCAAAUAUCAAGAAUUACACAUUCUUUGCAGCCUAUUUCCUGCCGGUCAUACAAAGCAAACACUGGUUUUUAACUUCAAGUGCGUGCCCAUAAAUUAUUCCAUUGUAGCAUCACAUCACCGAUCACAAAUACCCAUCACCGAUAAAUCAACAAUGCAAAAUCUCA